AUGAUAAGAGCUAAUUGCUCCUGCUUGGCCUGUGGCAUUGGUACCACUUCGACUCUCCAUUCCGCUCUUCGGAUUGCCAUCGCCACCAACCUCUUGUCUGACGCCCCCUGUGCUGCGGGACUUGCAAAUUCCCUUCCGCGUCCUAGAGACAUCGCACGCCGCCACGGUCAAAAGCCCGCUGCCGAUUGGGCGGAGAAGCAGUGGUCCAAGGUCGGAAGACAGACGCUCGUUGAUCUUCGUUGUGUGCAAGGCCAGCUCAGGCACGCCAUGGAGCCCGGACGUGUUGGCACCCCGCAAGGGGCGAUACUGGUGGCCUCGAUCGGCUCGGCCGUCGCGUACGGCCUCCUCGUGCGGGCGGCGCCGAGCCGCAGACGGAUGGCAUCGAAGACGGCAUCGACAGCGCUGCUCUCCCUCUAUGCUGCUCUCCGCGGCGAGGACUGGCUGCUCGUGCCGGCGCUCGCCCUCGGCUCCGUCGGUGACGCGUUCCUCGCCUGGCCUGGCGAGGAGAACUUCCUGCGCGGCCUCGCGAGCUUCCUCGUCGCCCACCUAUUCUACAUUGCCCUCUUUGCCCGCCUUGGCGGCGGCUUGGAGCAAAUCUGGGCCGAGAGCUGGCGGCAGGGUCUUGCGACUUCGAUGCUCGCGCUGGCACCCAUCAUGAGCUUCAUCCUAAUGCCCCGAGUGAGCGCAAGGCUACGGCUGCCGAUCAUGGCCUACUCGGCCACCAUCCUAGCCAUGGUAUUCUGCGUCCUCACCGUCGACAAUCGACAGGUCGUCGCCGGCGCCGUCCUCUUUGCCCUAUCCGACACGAUCCUGUCGACGGACGAGUUUGUGCUGCCUAAGGAAUCUUGUCAUCACGGCUGGAUGCAAUACAGCGUCUGGAUGCUCUACUAUUCGGGUCAAUUCCUCAUCGCCGCCGGCCUGUAG